GUCUCCUCAGGCUAUUUCAGUUGUGCCUGGUGUGGAAGAGUAGCAUGGGGCUGAUCCAGAAGAACUGUUUACAAAACUGGAGAAAAUUGGUAAGGGCUCUUUUGGUGAAGUUUUUAAAGGAAUUGACAAUCGGACUCAGAAAGUGGUUGCUAUAAAAAUUAUUGACCUAGAAGAAGCAGAAGAUGAAAUAGAAGACAUCCAACAAGAAAUCACAGUGCUGAGUCAGUGUGACAGUCCAUAUGUAACUAAAUAUUAUGGAUCCUAUUUAAAGGAUACAAAAUUAUGGAUCAUAAUGGAAUAUCUGGGUGGAGGCUCUGCCCUUGAUCUAUUAGAACCUGGCUCACUUGAUGAAACCCAGAUUGCCACAAUAUUGAGGGAGAUACUCAAAGGACUUGAUUACUUGCAUUCAGAAAAGAAAAUCCACAGAGAUAUUAAAGCUGCUAAUGUAUUGCUGUCUGAACAAGGAGAAGUGAAACUAGCAGAUUUUGGAGUAGCAGGACAACUAACCGAUACACAAAUAAAGAGGAAUACUUUUGUGGGAACACCAUUUUGGAUGGCACCUGAAGUAAUAAAGCAAUCGGCAUAUGAUUCAAAGGCAGAUAUCUGGUCAUUAGGCAUAACAGCCAUAGAACUUGCAAAAGGAGAGCCACCUCAUUCAGAGUUACAUCCAAUGAAGGUUUUGUUCCUCAUUCCCAAGAACAAUCCACCAACGCUGGAAGGAAACUUCAGUAAAUCCCUCAAAGAAUUUGUUGAGGCCUGCUUAAACAAGGACCCAAGCUUUAGACCUACUGCAAAAGAGCUCUUAAAGCACAAAUUUAUUUUACGAAACUCAAAGAAAACUUCCUACUUGACUGACCUUAUUGACAGGCACAAGAGAUGGAAAUCUGAACAAAGUCAUGACGACUCCAGUUCUGAUGACUCUGAUACUGAACCAGAUGGCCAGGCUUCAGGUGGGAGUGAUUCAGGAGAGUGGAUCUUUACAAUAAGAGAAAAAGACCCCAAGAAUCUAGAGAAUGGAGCAGCCCAACCUUUGAUGUUGCAAAGAAAUAAGGAAAAGGAUAUCCCAAAGAGGCCUCUGUCCCAAUGUCUGUCUACAGUUAUAUCCCCUUUAUUUGCAGAG